AUUGGGUUCUCUGUACAUUUGAAAACAUGGCAAGAAACCGAAAGAAAUGAAAAAAACUUCAAUUCUCUCUAGCAAUUGAUCAGCUCAGAAAUCAGACUCCGCACCAUAUUCACAUUCAUACAUAAUUAUUAAUUACACAGUGAAAUGAUAUCACUACUAACCAACAUAUUCACCAGCAGGUCCCGAUUAGAUGCAAUCCUCUCCAUAUUUGUCUCAGUACACCCUCACGAAGUCUCACCUCUGCUCCACUCUUCCUCGUGCUUCUUCUUCAUUUUAAGUGCGUAUUUUGUAGUCUUACCAUUACGCGACGAAGGAGCAAUUUCGCUUGGAUUAUCGAAUCUACCGAGUCUUUUUGUUGGAUCUUUAGCCCUAACAUUGAUUGCUGCCCCUUUGUCUACUCUCAUUUUCUCUCACCCUAAUUUCUCUAAAUCUAAGGCUUUACUUUUGAUACACAGAUUUUUUAGUGUAUCACUAGUUGUAUUUUUUCUUUUAUGGCAUUCUUCGUCCGGUGGAAUUGCAUCGUUGAAAACUAAGCAUACACUUUCCAUAUCCACUGAACUAAAGGAGGAUGUAAAAGUUGAUGUUAGUCAGACGGGUUCUCCUACGAGUCCUGACAAUUGGGAUAACCAUGGAUGGUAUUACAUUUCUGUGCGAAUUGGUUUAUUUCUCUGGGUUGCUCUGCUUAAUCUUAUCACUAUCUCUUCAACUUGGGCUAGAGUAAUUGAUGUGAUGGAUAGUGAGUCAGGUUUAAGACUGUUUGGCUUCAUCGGUGCUGGUGCUACACUUGGUCAACUUUUUGGCUCAUUGUUUGCCACAGGAAUGGCUUGGUUGGGGCCAUUUUUACUUUUAAUUGCAGCGUUAUUGAUGGAACUUGCGGCACGGGCAUCAAAAGGAAUCAUGAAAGAUAUUUCUGAACUUCCAGAAGAAUUAUCUCCAAUAAGAAAGACUGACCUUGAUGGAAAAAACAAGUCUAAUGAGCAGACAGAAGCACCUUCUAGUGUACUUUCUCCAAAGUCACCUACAUCUCAAGUGAAGCCUCAUUUUUCAGCCAUCUUAGAUGGAUUUCGGCUUAUACUAUCUUCAACUUAUCUACUGAAUGUAUCCUUAUUCCUGUGGCUGAGCGCAGUUGUCUCAUCUUUCUUCUAUUUUCAGAAAGUGACCGUAAUCGCCAUGACUGUUACAAGUUCUCUUGGCAGGAGAAGAUUGUUUGCCCAGAUAAAUAGCUUCAUCGCUGUUUUCAUCCUUGCUGGACAACUUACUCUAACAGGACACAUUCUUACUAUUGCUGGGGUUACUAUAGCUAUAUGCUCUACUCCAGCUGUUUCCUUUUUAAAUUUGAUUGCUGUUGCUGUUUGGCCGACAUGGGUGGCAGUUGCCGUUUGUGAGACUCUCCGGAAGGUGGUUACUUAUGUAGUGACCAGGCCUGGAAGAGAACUUCUGUUUACUGUAGUUUCCCAAGAAGAGAAAUAUAAAGCAAAGGUGUGUAUAGAUGUAGUAGUUCAACGGCUUGGAGAUGCAACAGCAGCUGGAAUGUACAAACUACUGUUCAGCACUCUUCAUAGAAGGAUCUCAACUGUGUCUCUUUACGCAUUGCCUGUCUGUUUAGUGUGGAUAGUUACGGCAUUCCAUUUGGGACAGCGUCAAGCACAACUUGCCCAUCUCCAGAAUGUUUGAAAAGUGGCUGCAUGCAUAAGUUGUUUAGCAGCUGCGAAGACGCAACACUUUUGAUAUAUGUGCAAUCAUAUGAUUAUACAAGCAUUUAAUUUAGGGCAUUGAUUGGAAGAGACAUGCCAUUGAGCGUCAAUGACGGGAGGCGCCCUCUCACCUAAUACCCGCUACUAAGGAUUGAAUUCAUAUUAUUCUGCUUCUUGAAAACACUCGAGAGCCCUUGUAACUAGAGCUGCAAUGAAUGGCGUGAAGGGUGCCCCUUAUCUUUAACAUUAAACUAGAAAGAGACGGUUAAUGUGAGCCGUUAUAUUGAUUAUUAGGCCUUAUGAUCUGGGCUAGCAUAGAUAUGCAUCUAACGUACUGCAAUAUGAUGAUUGCAGCUUUAUUGUGUAAAUUCGAGGUACUUUUGUAUGAAGCACAGAAUAACUAAGUCAAUAGAGCUCAGUUUUUUUCCCCUAAAA